AUGGAUGUUUGGCCGGAAUUUCUGAGGAGCAGUUGGGGUCGUGAGUUUGUGGCCGGCAGCAUUGGCGGCACCGCCGGUGUCCUGACGGAACGCUAUUGUUUUCCAAUCUUACGCUACUUUGUCGAGAGCAUUCGACACGAACAUCACAACAGACGAACCACCGUCGUACAAAGGAGUUGCGCAGGAAUAGGAGCGGGAGCCAUACAAAGUUUUGUCAUUACCCCAAUCGAGCUAAUCAAAAUUCGCCUACAAUUGCAAAGAAAAACCGAGAGCAAUAUCAACCACUCGGGUCCACUAGACGUAACACGAAACAUACUCAAGACACAAGGUUGGAGAGGAAUGUACCGUGGACUAGGCAUUACAUUACUCAGAGACGCACCAUCUCACGGUGUUUACUUUUGGACAUACGAGUUUGCGCGAGAACAAAUCCAUCGAGGAUGUAGGAAAAACGGACAAGAAUCGUUCGCGACUAUGCUUUUUGCAGGCGGUCUUGCGGGAGUUACAAGUUGGAUUAGUUGUUAUCCUUUUGAUGUGCUCAAGACAAGAAUUCAAGCCCAAUCGAAAUAUUGUGGGGUUUUUGAUUCAUUUAAAAGAUGUGUGGAGCAAGAUGGAUAUUGUGUGUUGUGGAGAGGUAUUUGGAUGACACUUUCUAGGGCCUUCAUCGUGAAUGGUGCAGUUUUUAUGGCCUAUGAGGGAGCUAUGAGAUUCAUAUCCAACAACAACGAUGAUAAUUCAAGAAUUCAAAGUGGGGAUACUUUGAGUGUUAGCGGGAAGAAUUGA